AUGGACAUCAACAACAACCGAAGCGGUAGAGGAAGAAGGAACGCCUGCGUCCGAAAGCUCAACGGCAGAAGGGAAAGCAGGCAUCAGAGAUCCGUCAGGCCGCUAAAUGCCAGGAUGAGCAAACACGAGUUGCAGUUGGGGAUAAGGAUGCAAAAGGAGGAGCAUGAUGCAGAAACGGCCGAGGCUGCUAAGCAGCGGAAAUUGAAUGAGGAGUUUGCAGGAAUGUCACUUGACGGCAGCAACUGGGAGACCACCAGUGGAAGUACUGAUACUGAUACUGAUGAAGCGGAAGCGGAAGCGGAAGCCGGUUCGGAGGCCAAAUGCAGAAGCGACUGGUGGUGA